GGUGCGGUUCGGGGAGAAGCUAGCGCGGAUGGGAGAGGGCGCGAGUGAAGAGACCGGGAGCAUGGAUCGCGCCAAGGCAGCGGCGCGCGAGGACAAGGCGGCGGCGGCGGCGACGGGGAAGGAGACCGCCGUGUCCCGCGCCGUCGCGGAGGACGACACCGCGCUGCUGCUCGCGGCGGUGGGAAGCUUCAGGAAGGAGGCGAUGGGCCGUCUCCGGAAGGGCUCCGACGCGUCGCGGAUGCUGGACCAGGAGAUGUCCACGAGGCUGCUCCACCUCGCCUGCAAGCACGACGCCGUGCAGUGCGCCAGGCUCCUCCUCGAGGGAGGGCACGGCAUCACGGCGUCGCCCGUGGACGCCAGGGACCAGCUCACGCGGACGCCGCUCCAGGUCGCCGCCGAGGCGCACUCGGCCCGGUGCAUCGAGCUGCUGCUCUCCAAGAACGCGCGCACCGACCUCAAGCUGGUCGAUGGCCGCCCUCUUGUCGCGCUCGAGAUCGCUCUCUUAAGCAGAAGAGCUCAAGUUAAAUGGUCACUGGACAACUCCAUUGAAGAUCUUCUGUCAUCUCUGCAAGAAAAGGAUCUGAAUGCAGUGAGGCUCCUGGCAGAGAAAACCAGAGAGGUUGGGGAGGUGGCCUACAGAUAUGCCAUGGAAGGUCGUGUUACUGUGUUGGCAAUGCUGCUUCUGGUGGCUGAAGAGAAGAUAUCGGCACCAGUCAGUGUAGUUAUAGAGGGCGUCAGGACAAAGAAAUCAAUCUACUACUCUAUUGUGGAUGAGGCUCUGUCCAUUGGGGAUGCUCCAGCCCGGGACAGCAAUGAGAGGAGAAAGGCCCUGCUCAGUGAGAUUCAGCUACUUAACCAAUUUGGGGCAGCGUUAUGGAGAGAUCGCAACAUUGACAAGAGAAGCUUGCCCCCUCUGCUUAAAGCUGCCAAGGUUGGAGAUGUAAAUGUCACAAAGAUGCUCCUGAUGGGGGAUGUUGAUGUCAAUGAAGCCGAUCCUGAAGGGAACACGGCACUUCACUGGUGCCUUAGUGGUAGCUCAAGCACACAGGAGCCAAGGAUUGUGUGGCUCCUGCUGAAGAAUGGUGCCAGAGUUUUCCAGGGGAACAAACUUGGUCUUACACCAGUACACAGCGCUGCAGCUAAGGGAAAUUAUAAAGCUCUUCAGUCACUUCUGCUUCAUGCUCAAGAUUGUGUUGAUACUCCUUCCAAGACCAAAGAAACCCCAUUGUUCUUAGCAGUGAAGAAUGGUUCUUUGGACUGUGUAAAGCUUCUCCUGCGUUCUGGGGCUAGCACCAAAGUCCAGAACCUAAGAAAGCAAAGACCAAUAGACGUGGCAACGUCCCAAGAUAUGCGUUUCAUUCUUACCUCUGCAAAUGUGGCUCCAUGGAACCGUAGCUCACAUCCAAAAAAAAGUGUGACGAAUAAGGAAAGCUGCAAAGAGUUCCUGGAAGAUUUUGGUGAUUAUGACAGUGAUGAUUUAAAUGAAAGCUUUACUGGGCUUAAAACAUCAGCAAGCCAUCGGGAUUUCCGGUCUAGUAAUGGUUCUGCCCAAGGGGGCAAGAGUAAGAACCAUUGUGCUCCCAAGCAAGGUUCCAAGUUUGUGCCUCGGCCUAAUCAUUGGCCGAAGCACGACUACACUCGGAAAAUUUUUGUUGGGGGCCUCCCACCUUCUGUGGGCGCUGAGUACCUCACUGAGUUCUUCACUGCUGAAUUUGGACCUGUGGAGGAAGCAGUAGUCAUUGGGAUAAGGAUGGGUGAUCGGGUGCAAUCUCGAGGAUUUGGUUUUGUAAAGUUCAAAAGAGAAGAGGAUGUGAUAAGUGCAAAGGAAACUCAUCAUGUGUACAUGCUUGGGAAGAGAGUGGAGGUAAAGGAUGCUGUUGCUAGAGGAUCCUUGCCUGCAGAAAUCCAGAAAAUUGCUCCAUUCAGGCACCACAGCCAGGAGGUUCCAAAGGUAACUCACCAUCUGUUGGAUGGUGAGCUAAAGGAGGAACAUUACAUUAGGAAGCGCCGGCCCUUGCCAGAGAAGUGUCUUCCAUCUUGGUUCUUUAUAUUCAGGAAGUGGUUGCCAGGAUUUCUUGCAGAUGCUACCGAACGACUUGGAGAUAGGUACCCAUUGAGCUCCCUGAAGGGUGAUUUCAGAGCAAUUUGCAGAAUGGAGCUUGAUCAUGGCACACUUGGUUAUCCUAAGCUCAGUGAUUUCAUGCGUUCCCUUCCUGGUAUCUGCAGAAUGUGUGUAGUCCCUGUAGGAAGUGGUCCUGCCACACACAUGGUCCUCCUUCCACCGGUCUCGCGACCGAAGUAUGUACCCUUGCUGGAACCAUUCUCUUUUGAUCAUGAUGAGCUCCCAGAAUCAGUGUCAGAUCAUCAGUCCCCGAGGUCUCCACUUACCACUAAUAUCACCGAGGACUCCCCUCAUAACACAGACAGUCAGCAGGGUGAUACUUGCAGUGAGAGCAAUGUGCAGAGCCAUCAGGGCGAUGAGUGCUGCGGGAGCAACACUGAAAGCCAGCAGGAUAGUGCUUCCACUGACAAUGGUAGCUUACUGGGUGAAGUUACUGUCAGUACCCCAAAGCCUGAUUCCAUUGAGUCCAUACCUACAGGAAAGUCUGAUUUGAUUGAGCUUGUACCUACAAGAAAACCUCAUCUGAUUGACACAGUCACUACAAGAAAACCUGAUUUGAUUGUGACUGAACCUACAAGAAAACCAAUUGUGAUUGAGCCUGUGCCUACAAGAAAACCAAGUGUGAUUGAGCCCGUGCCUACAAGAAAACCAAUGGCAAUUGAGCCUGUUGUGCCUACAAGAAAACCAAUUGUGAUUGAGCCUGUUCCUACAAGGAAACCAAUUGUGAUUGAGCCUGUGCCUACAAGAAAACCAAUUGUGACUGAGCCUUUGCCUACAAGAAAACCAACUGUCAUUGAGCCUGCAUCUCUUACUCAGAAGAUUGUUUCUGAGCCUAUGAGGAAGACUGAUUUGUUUGAAUCUGGACUUGCAAGGAGGAUUGGUUUGAUUGGUUCCAGACCAACAACAUGCUUCGUUGACUGUCCAGUUGAAAGGCCAGCAGUAACUCCAAGCAACUGUGAGGCUGAUAUGAGAUUCUCUUUCUUCCAAUCACAAUGGGACAGGUUCCUGGCUCCAUAUCCCAAGAGUGAUUACUGCAUCAUCUGUCGAUCCUAUGAUGCUGUGAUGCAGCUUGUCCCAUGCCUUCAUAAGAUUUGUGUUGCCUGCAUGAUGAGAUGCAAUGUCAGGGCAUGCAUGACCUGUGGCACUGCUGUAAGUGGAGUCAAGUCUUCCCCUGCACAGGAUGCAAGAUACCAAUAUGUGGGAGUCAUGGAGCGUGCAUCAGAUCAAAGGUGCCAGCUGAUGGUGGUCUGCCGUGGAGCUGAGGCGAUUGUCAGAUGUUCCCCCUGUAUGCACAGCAUCGCAUGUCGAGGAUGCUUCCUGGCUUCAGUAACAUUACUCAAGGGCUGCACCACUUGUGGCUGCAUGAUUGAGCACUUCAAGUUUUGUUGAGUAGGCUUACUUCCCUGAUACAGUAAUACCAGAACUUACAUUACUAUAUAGAAUAAAGCAAACAGUCCCACAAUCUGAAGGAGAGAUCAGUUCACUCUCCUUCGAUUUUGCUGCGCUCGUGGGAUGAGCUAACAGGCUACUCGGUUAGGUGCGCUCACUCCUGCAAGCUUGAGGAGUGCUCUUUUUGCUUAGAAAUAUGUUCUCUCGAAUGCUUGAUGGACAUGCUUCUGUAAGCUUGUGAUGAGGAGUGUGUUCCCUCCCAUUUUGGCAAGCUUACACUAUAUAUGCCAUGUAAUGUCCACUAUCUAUCUAUAAUGGCACUCUUUUUUGUAAAUUCAGUACUAUUUAAGUAAGAUGGAUUCUGUUUAGCUUUA